AGCGAGUCGACAGAGCGAGUGACAGGAAAGCAAAAUGGCGGAUGAAGAUGUUACGCUGAAUGGUAAACCUCUACAAUCGCUCCGUGUGGCAGACUUGAAAGCCGCUUUGGAGCAACGAUGCCUCCCUAAAAGCGGGGCGAAAAAUACACUCAUUAAGCGACUGAAAGGGGCUCUAAUGUUGGAGAAUCUUCAGAGGACCUCCACUCCCCAUAUUGGGCUCCAGCCCAACUCCCAGAUUGGGGAGGAGAUGAGCCAAAACAGCUUUAUAAAGCAGUACCUGGCUCAGCAGCAGGAGCUCCUCCGCCAGAGGCUGGAGAGAGAGGCCAGGGAGGCAGCCGAGGCCGACGAAAGCCCAGCGGGCCCUGAGGAGGAGGAGCACACAGAGGAGGGCAACGACAGCYAUUCCUAUAACCCUGACAAGCAUCGCCCCAUGCCCUCCCAGCCCCCACUGACCGGGGCUGAGGAAGAGGGAGGAGGGCCAAUGAUGAUGGGGCACCAGGGCCAAGGGAUGAUGAUGGGGCACCAGGGCCAAGGAAUGAUGAUGGGGAAAGGCCAGGGGAUGAUGUCCCAGGGUAUGGGCCAAGGGAUGAUGUCUCGCAGACCAGACUUUGGCCCAGGCUCUGUGCCUCAGGAGUCUUCUGACGCCCCCGGAGGUCCUGGAUCCUGGAUGCAGCAGCGUCCCUCCCUCCAACAUGGCCUCCACCACGAGGAGCCCACCACCCCCUCCCCGCCACGAGCUGUGGCCUCCCUGUCGGUGCGCGUCCUAGGGGACCCUGAGCGCCAGGGCCUGCCCCCGUCCAUGCCCCCCCGCGCCCAGACCCAGGAGAAGGAAGGCACCGCCCCGGCGGAUGACGACCGACCCGCCCACUCUGUCCUCCACCUCAGCCGCUCCGCCCGGGCAGCAGCUGGCAGUAACAGUGUCCAGGAAGACUGUGACGAUGAUGAUGACAGCAGUGAGGAGGAUGAAGAUGAGUGGGGACCUGCGGCGAGGAGAGGGGGCGGUGGCGGAAGAGGGUUAGCCCCUCCCCCCCAGCCUUCCCCCAGCGUCCCAGCCGCCAGAGAGAGAUCUAGACGCAAGCUUCAGCCUCCGCAACACAUCCCCCCUCAGCAGGUAGUACACCAGCCCCCCAUGCAGCUCCGCCAGCCCACCCCGCCCCCCUCUCCACCCCCAGAGCUCUCCUUCCCCCUCCCCGACACCCCCAAACAGAGCCCGCCCGACAUGGAUGAGGAGCCAGAAGGAGCAGGGGCUGGGGUGUCCGUCCGCCCCCCUCCAGGUGGCCUCCAGAGGCAGGACUCUGACUCCAGCUCCCGAUCCAGCAGCCCAGAGCCCCGAGCCAAGCGACGACCCGGACCCCUCUCCUUGCUGGCUCGCAAGAUGGCGUCCGAGGGAGCUUACGGGAAGAGAGGCGAGGGUGCGUCGGCGGACGGCCAGACAGGUCCUCGAGGGGAGGCUUCCAGACCAGGAGAUGGAGUUGGCAGCAGCCCAGGAGCUGGAGCAGGACCGGGGGUUGAGGUGGUCAUGUUCCCUGGGGCUUCUAUCACCCACACAGGAGGCAGCAGCACAGGGCACACAGGAUUUGUCACUGUACCUGAGGUCCCUGCACCAGUGGUUAUGUUUGGAUCAGGAGCCCAGUCCCAUCCUCUGCUGUCUGUGGCAGCUGUCCCCAGCAUAACCCUCACCACCAAGCCCCAGGGUCCAUCUGGAGAGACGGCACAGAAGAAGACAGAGAAAGAAACAAAGCAGGCGGAGGAAAAGGAGAGGAAGAUGAAGCAGGUGGAGAAGGUGGAGAAGGAGAGUCACCUGCCGCCAUGGCAGCGUGGACGUGACUUGACGCUUCCAUCUGCGUCUUCACAAUUUGGGUCUGGGGGUUCAGAGGAGCCUGUGAUGGACCAGGGAGACACCCCGAAAAAGUCACCCUUCGGCAGGGACAAACCCCUCUCCUCCGCUCCCGGCUCAGCCAUGGCGACCACCAGCUCCCCGCCUGCCAUCACCCCCAAGAAGCCCCGCAUGUUCUCCGACACCUCUUCCGGCUCCAUGAUCUCCCCUCCCAAACCUGUGCAGCAGGGGUCAGUGGUGGUGACCACCCCAGGGGAACUCCCUGAACCCCAUGGUGUAUCUGAGAGACCCCAGGUAGUCCUUGUCUCAGGGGCACAGCAGCACACAGACGACACCAUGGAGGUUACCGCACUGAACAAGGUGUCCGUAGAGAAGCCUGGAUGGAAAGCUGGAGGAGACGAUGAGAAGAUGGAGAAGGAGCGUGCCAGCCUGGCGGAGAAGGAGCGUGCCAGCCUGGCGGAGAAGGAGCGUGCCAGCCUGGCGGAGAAGGAGCGGUGCCACGCUCGGCGGAGAAGGAGCGUGCCAGCCUGGCGGAGAAGGAGCGUGCCAGCCUGGCGGAGAAGGAGCGUGCCAGCCUGCGGGAGAAGGAGCGUGCCAGCCUGGCGAGACAGGAGCGUGCCAAGCCAGGCGGAGAAGGAGCGUGCCAGCCAGGCGGAGAAGGAGCGUGCCAGCCAGGCGGAGAAGGAGCGUGCCAGCCUGGCGGAGAAGGAGCGUGCCAGCCUGGCGGAGAAGGAGCGUGCCUGCCAGGCGGAGAAGGAGCGUGCCUGCCAGGCGGAGAAGGAGCGUGCCUGCCAGGCGGAGAAGGAGCGUGCCAGCCAGGCGGAGAAGGAGCGUGCCAGCCAGGCGGAGAAGGGGACUUCUAAACCCGGGGAGACCAGGAGAAGGGGACCUGAAGAGACUGUUGAGGUUGAGCCCAUGGGACCUGUUCUACCCCCUUCUUACCCAGGUAAGGGAGAAGAUGAGAGGAAGGGGAAGGAAGAUGAGAGGAGGAGGAGGAAGGAAGAUGAGAGGAAGAAGGAAGCAGAGCGAGGCAGGCGUGGGGAGAGGGUGAGGCACAGGAGGUCAUCUCCCUCUAGUGGUGGCGACUCUUCAUCCUCGGACUCUGGAUCCUCUUCYUCACGUUCCUCUGGCUCCACCUCCUCCCGGGACAAAAAAAAGAAGACUGGCACAGGAAAAGGAAGAGGGGAUGAAAAGAGAAGACUGUACAAAGGAGGAGAGAAGAAACAAUCUGCCAGGGAGGUAAAGCAGUCUUCCCUGUCAGAGCCAUCUGGCCCUAUGGAGGUGGAGAGGCCAGACCCAGGCCAGACCCAGCCCACCCCCGUCGGAGACCCACAGAACAGUGAGGGCUGCAUGGAGGAGAGCACCACUCCUAAAGCGUUCGCUGCACGCAAGAUCUCCUUGACCACAGGCAGUAAGACGUCUCCAGAGGGAGGAGCAGCAGCAGCAGCAGGGGGGGAGGCAGAGUCCGGGACCGCCGCUGGGAGGAAGAGGAGGUGGGGAUCCAGCACGGCCGUCAACGCCAAGAAACCAUCCAUCAGCAUCACCACAGACUCACUCAAGUCUCUGAUCCCAGACAUCAAGCCCAGUCAGGAUGCUGUGGUMGAUCUCCACCCUGAUGACAUCCAGUUGUCUGGGGACGAGGACACCACCAGGGAGGACAAGGGCCUCAAGAUCAGACGCACUGUCACACAGGUGGUCCCAAGUGAAAACCAGGAGAAUGGCCAAGGAGAACAAGAUGAAGAGGAGGAGGAGAAGAAACAGGAGCAUGACAGAGAGAGGACACAGAAAGAGAAGAGGAAGGACAGCUACUCAGAAGACACCAUGGAGUCUCAGUCCUCCGCUGCGCACGACACCGACGCUAAGAAAGUCACUCCCAGUGAUACGCUGGUGCGUCGCUCCAUCAGCCAGCAGAAGUCAGGUGUGUCUGUCACCAUCGACGACCCGGUUCGCACCGCCAAACAGCCCUCUCCGCCCAGAGGCAAAGUCUCCAACAUCGUCCACGUCUGUAACCUGGUACGACCUUUCACGCUGGGUCAGCUGAAGGAGCUGCUGAACAGGACAGGCUCAGUGGUAGAGGAUAGCUUCUGGAUCGACAAGAUCAAGUCUCACUGCUACGUCACUUACUCCAGCACAGAGGAGGCUGUGGCCACACGAGCUGCGCUCCACGGGGUGAAGUGGCCCCAAAGCAACCCUAAGGUUCUCAGUGUGGACUUCUGUGAGCAGAACGAGCUGGACUUUCACAGAGGCCUACUGACCGUGGAUCCAAGAGAGGAGCACCGCCCCCAGCCUGGUGUGGGUCCUGGKGGUCCCAAAGUCCGACCGGGCGUGCUGCCCCCUCUGAUGGACGGGCGCGGGGACCGCGGCGUGGUCGGAGGGGUGCGGGACCAGUGGGCGGAGAGAGAGAGGGAGAUGGAACGCCGGGAGAGGACCAGGGCGGAACGUGAGUGGGACCGGGACAAGGUUCGAGACUUCGGAGGCAAACCAGGAGAGGAGAGGGAGAGGGGGAGGAGAUCUCGCUCCCUGGAUAGAGAGAGAAGGCGGAAGGAGAGGGACGGCAAGGAGAAGAAGACCGACAAAAAGGAUGAGCCUCCUGCCAAAUUACUAGACGACCUCUUCAAUAAGACCAAAGCAGCUCCCUGUAUAUACUGGCUCCCCCUCACUGAAGAACAGGCAAACCAGAGGGGAAAAGAACGGGAAGAGCGACAGAAAGAACGAGAGAGGAGGCGGAAAGAACAGCAGGAGGAGGAGGACAAGAAGCGAGAGGAGGAGAGAAAGGAGAGAAUUAAAAGCAGAGAGAAGGAGGGAGGAGCUGCGGUAAGCACUGGAAGUGUGAGUGUCCGGGGAUCUGAGGGAGACCGAGAUAGAGAAAGGGAGCGAGGGAAGGAGAGAGAGGGGGAGAAGAGGAGGGACAGUGGUGGAUUCAGACCCAGAGGUCCUGAUACUAAACCCUCUACUGGGUUCCGACGCUCCCGUAGCCGUAGCAACCCCCGAGACAAACGCCGUUGAGUGUUCAGUUUGACGGAGUGAGAGAGAUGGGGAGGAAAAAAGGAUGGAUGCAGUCCCUCAUUCAACAUACAAUUGGAACACAGCAGAAAGAGAUUUCUAGUCCCCCUCCUUUACAUUAAAACCACUUCCAUAGUCUUCAGGUUAACAGGCUGUUCCUCUUCUGGCUAUCCUGUCCUUUGUGCCAGGGAGACUCCUAUUUAGAAAACCCCAAAUCCUCACUCAGUAAUGCCGUCUGUCUCUCACAUGUUCAUAAAAAUCUACAUGUAUGGUCACAUGUUGAUAGUUUAGUGAACCGAAAAAUGUCUGCCUCCAAAAUGGCACCCUAUUUCCUAUAUGAAGGCCCCUGUCAAAAGUAGUGUACUAUAUGGGGAAUAGAUACGGUGACAUUUCGCUCUCCCGCUUCCUCCUAUAGCUGUCUCAUCUGUCUCAAGCUUCUCAUACGAAGCAGUCCAGAGGCCUAUUCUGAGCUCUGGAAAUUCUCAUGCGUUUUAACCACAAAUGGAAAGAAAGGGUGGAGGUUUGCCUCAAGGCCUGGAACAGAGUCUUGUUCCACCAAUCUCUGCGGGCACACAGUAAUAAGACUCUUCCCUGUAAUAAUCKAUUUAAAAAUAGCAGCCCAGCUUACCAACCCCCAAAUGUGUUCUAGAAUCAAUUUUAGUAUUUCAAAAUCCAGUGAAGUUAUUUUUUCUACGACCGGUACCAAGGCCCUUUGUAGGGUCAUGUGAAGGUUAUUUUUUCUGCUUUGAUGUUUUAUUAUGAUGAAUCAUGUAAAUCUCAGCCUUGGAUGGUUUUUGUGUGUUCUAGUGUGUGUGUGGUGUGGUGGUGCUCUGCUCUCCCUCUCUCCACACACUAAGGUUAAAGUUGGUCAUGUGUCAUUACACUGAAAGCAGCAUAUGUUAAAGAACAUUAGGAAACUGUCUUUUUGCCUUGUCAGAGGGGUAGGGACAUUUUUGUGUGGGGGACUGAUUUCAUUUAUGCGCACUUGGCAUGUAUACUGUUCUUUUUAGGUUGUUUGGGUAGGGGGGGUCCAAACGCACUGGGAGAAUCUGUGUGGCACGAUGUGAAACUGUCCCAACGUGAAACUAUCGCUUUCUUGCUCUCUUCCUUAUUCACUCAGUGUACCCUCGACCCUCCCAGUUCUUUUUGUAAAUGAAUCAGACGAGUUUAACUUAGAUUAUUACUGUUUUAAUAUUGUUUUUAAUUUGUUUGAAACUGAUUCUUAUUUGGCUGUUUUUUUUCCUCCUGUAAGUGCUGAAUGUACAAAGAAUUCAAAAUAAAUGUAAAAGUUUAAA